GCAACUAUAAGAUCAACAUGGAAGCGACCGGUGGAUUACCUGGAUGGAUAAUGUACUUGAAUGCGGAUGACAACAACAGGUCCGACACAAACCUCGCCUUUCUCAGCCAGGCUGUUCAAGACUUUGGAUAUCCUCUCAGAGUGCGAGCAGAUCAUGGAGGGGAAAAUGUGGGUGUUGCCCGAUUGAUGUUCACCAUGCGCGGACCAGAGAGUGGGUGCUUUAUUGCAGGAAAAAGUGUUCAUAACCAGAGUUGACCUUGGACCUGUUUCGUGAAGGAUGGGACAACCACCCCUUGAGGACAG